CGCCACUGAUGACUUUUGUUGGUUAUAUGUCUACGUAAACAAUUUCGUAAACACUACGAACAAGUAUUUUAGGUUAUUCUCAUCGUUGUGGUGUAGAAUCUUUAAAACAUUUUUUAUUUUCAUCAUAAAGCAACAUUAUUUCAUAAAGUUGGAUUGUUUAACAUCGUUUAUUUCUUCAGGAAUAUUCCAAUUAAUUGAAAACUCAAAUUGAAGAUCAUGGCUCGUAAUGCGGAGAAAGCUAUGACAACAUUGGCUCGAUGGAGAGCAGCACAGAGUGGCGAAGGAAUAAAAAAGGAACAAGAAAGACGACCAUAUCUGGCUUCGGAAUGUCGAGACUUGAGAAAAGCCGAAAAAUGGAGAAUGCAAAUUAUUCGAGAAAUCGCCAAGAAAGUUGCACAGAUACAAAAUGCGGGAUUGGGUGAAUUUAGAAUACGCGAUCUUAAUGAUGAAAUCAACAAGUUACUGAGGGAAAAGAGGCAUUGGGAGGCUCAAAUCAAGGAAUUGGGAGGUCCGGAUUAUUCACGAGUAGGACCAAAAAUGUUGGAUCAUGAAGGACGUGAGGUACCUGGAAAUCGAGGAUAUAAAUAUUUUGGAGCUGCCAAAGAAUUGCCAGGCGUCCGGGAGCUAUUCGAGCAGGAACCACCCCCACCUCCCAGGAAAACACGAGCAGAGUUGAUGAAAGAUAUUGAUGCAGAUUAUUACGGAUACAGAGAUGACGACGACGGAAUUUUACUACCGCUCGAGCAAAAAGUGGAACAAGAGGAACGAGAAAAAGCUGUGAGAGAGUGGACUCCACCUAAGGAUGUAACGCCUGAAGAUUCUGAAUUUGACACCAGGCAAAAAACAGUACCAUCGCAAGAAGACAUUUGCCAAGCAUUAUUAGCCAGAAAGAAACAGGAAUUGUUGGAAAAAUAUGUUCUCUAAAGCUUUUUAUUAAUUCAUUGUACAUGAAGGUUUUGGAAUAAAAAUUCAUUGUAUUGAA